CUCUGUCACAGCCUGCAGGUACUCCGCCCCCUAACCUUCAAGUACUCUGUCACAGCCUGCAGGUACUCCGCCCCCUAUCCUCCAAGUACUCUGUCACAGCCUGCAGGUACUCCGCCCCCUAUCCUCCAAGUACUCUGUCACAGCCUGCAGGUACUCCGCCCCCUAUCCUCCAAGUACUCUGUCACAGCCUGCAGGUACUCCGCCCCCUAUCCUCCAAGUACUCUGUCACAGCCUGCAGGUACUCCGCCCCUGAUUUACUGUAGAUGUCCUCUGUCACGGCCGCUAUAAUCACAACUCCCUCUGAAUCACUGGACGUCAGACAAUAAAUCCACAAAGACAGAAACUCACAGAAAGCUAAAACGAAAGAUUUAGGACUACAACCAGAGGAUAUAGAAAGCUCUGGGCAAAAACUAAAGGUGAAGUUGACUUUUGAAGACGUGUAUGAGAAGACGGAAGGUUGAGGACAGAGGUGUGUCAGGCAGGAAGGUCAACAAGAUGAUGCACAGACUAUUACUGCUGCUGGUAUGGGUGGUGUUGAUGGCUGUGUCCCAGGCGGCCCGGGUGGUGGAGAACGAUUCCCUCAUCAAGCUGUACAAUAAACAAGAGAUCUCCCUCGGGAUUUCACAAGACACGCAACCAGGAAACAUCGUAGUUGAGUUCAUUUCCUCUGAAGAAGCUAACCAUACAGAAGCAGCCACCACACCCACUGCCACCACAGCCACACCAAACUGUGGCGCGGUGAUCGACGGGGAGCUGGCCAGUGAGGGCGUCAUCACCACACCAGACUACCCUGACCAAUACGAGAACGGCCUCUACUGUGUGUGGACCAUCCUGGGCGGGAAGGGGAAGCGAGUACGUUUGACCUUUGAUGAUUUCGAAGUGACUAAAACUCCAGGAUGUAACGGCGACUACCUCCUCGUGUCACCAACAGGAUUCUCCAACGACACGACCGCCGUCCAUCUAUGUGGUACCGACAUCCCGGGAGAGUUCCUGAGCGCUAAGGACACCCUCUACGUGGAGUUCAGGUCCACUCCUGACGGCGACACCUGUAGGGGCUUCUCCGCUAGAUACUUUCUCGAGGAAGUGGUGGUGACGUGUGGUGAAGAAGUAUCCUUCCUGGAAUUCGACUUCGAGAAUUCAGAGUACCCGUUACCCACCAAGAAUGAGUCAAGUCACUGUGAACUGACCAUCUCCCAUGACUGUGACGUCCCUAUCUGUCAAGUCAGGCUGGACUUUCUGGAGCUAAUGUUGCAGCCUCCGGAAUAUGGCAACUGUGACAAUGAUCAGUUUAUGGUGCGGGCCAACGAGCCGGUCCCUAUCCUGUGUGGGGACAACACCGGCCAACAUUUGUACGUGGAGGUGGCGGGUCGGGCCAGCACCAGCCUACACGUCCUCAUCUCAGAGAUUCUGCCCAAGCCUGUAGGACACGUCGUCGACCACGUCACUGGCGAGACUUAUCCACUGGAGUGGAGGCACGAAGUGGAGGACAACAGAAGGUGGAAGGUGCGUGUCAACCAGAUCCCAUGUGACUGUACUUACGACCACUUCAAGACCUCCAGCUCCAGAGCACCUACGGGUUGUCUACAGUACCACGUAGGAGUGAGGGAGACCAUCAAGAGUUUCAACUUCGGAGGUUCCAAGCUGGACUACAACCCUUGCUGGGACGAGAAGGCCUGUGGCAGACGCAUGUGGACCGGUCACCUCAACAAUCUGGAUUACCAUGUGUGUGUGCAUGGGGCUGAGGGCUACUGUGGCAUCAUGUACACUCCUACGGGUACUGAGUCCUUCAUGUUGACGGGCGAGGCUUUAACGGCACCCAGGAGAAGGAUAACCUGGUGUUAUGGGUCAACGGGGUGCCAGGCGGAUGUGAUGGUGCCCAAGAGUCGUACCCCUGGAGACAACGACCCCUGGAGCCACGACAGGUUCUGUGGCAUGGCGCUUGGUAACUACGUCAAGGGGCCCAUCGUCAGUUACUCGACACCCUUCUACAUGCAAGUGAAGACGGACGCGGACGAGUACUCCAGAAGCGUCGACUUGGAGAACCGCGGCUUUGAACUCGAGUAACAGUUGCCAUGUUCAGGGCCUUACCUCUUCAACUCGGACCAGAAGUUCAGCGGCUAGACUACACUCAUACCUCUACAGUACUACUUGCUAUUUACAUCUCGGUACUAUACAUUAUUACAUACAGCUGCUAGUAAAUUUAUAGCAUUACUACUGAGCUAUUUGUGUGAGUGGUGUUAUCUGGUGAGGUAUUUAGAGUGUAUCUGUUUAGACUGUCAUCAGUGUGGCGUCAGGUUAUCUCACUCUGGCAACAUUUUUUCUCCUAAACUAUCGUACCGCUGAACUGAUUAUAAUAAUUUGUUUUUCCCUCUUAGUCUAUAUCUCAUUACCAAUUCUUCUGUUGAUUAUUAUAUUCUUCAAAUUUGUAAGUUAUUUCAUGUUCAUUUAUCUCUCCCAAGUAACUGAUAAAGUAGAUGAAUUAAGAAAGAAUAUAGCAAAAUAUCAUUAUUUCUGGUUAAUACCUAAUUAUUAUUUAUUUAAGUUUUUAUGCAGACAAACAUAGAUUUACCAAUAAAAUUAAUAUGCAUAUGUUUA